CUAUACGAUACCAAGGAUUAAGGAAGACUCUUACGUGGUUCCCUAAGUUUCUGUCUCUCCCUCUCUUGUCAAGUCUUACCUGUCCUUGAUUUAGAUCCAAUCAUCCAAGUGAAACUCAUAUCCAGUAAAACUUUUGUCUUUGAAGCAUUCGAACUCAAGAACAAAAAAAAAAAAACAAUCCAAAUCUUGCAUAUACAUAACGCAUUUAAUUACUCCAGUCUCCUGAAGGGUAGUUGCAAAAAAGGCUACUACACUUUUUAUCGCCAUUACAGAAUCUAAGGGCCUUGUUUUUGCGGUAGAUUUCAAAAGGAGAAGUAUUUGCUGUGGUUGAGGCGUAUUCAACAUGUCCCGGUUAUCACCUCGUAGGAACCAGAGAUCAAAAGGUUUUAAGGUCAAGCAUGCUCUGCAAAUAUGUCUUCUGAUCGGUGUUUGUGGCUGGCUACUUUACCAAGUCAAGCACUCUCAUGAUAAGAAAGCAGCAUAUGAGAAAAGUGUGAAAACAGAGAAUGAUGUUGUAAAAUUAGGGAGAAAGGACCUCCAGCCUGAAGUUAAAGAAAAUUUCAUUGGAGAUGAGAGGCACAAGGAGGAGGAAGAGGAAGAGAGCAAGAGCGAAGAAGAAAGCAAACCUGAUGAUAACACAGGAACAGAGGGUGGCGAUGAUGAGAUUCAUGAUCAUUUUCAUGAUAAGACAGAAGAAGGAGCUGAGCGUAGAGAAGAUUCUAUAGAUGGGGAGAAGGAAGCAGAGGAUAAGACUGAAGAGGGAGUUGAGCAUAGAGAGGAUUCUGUAGAUGGAGAGAAGGAAAGGGAAGUGAGAAAUGAGAACGUCAGUGAAGGGAUGGAGAGGGAGGGUACAAGGGAUAAUGUUAAUGAUGACAGAGAGAAGGGAGAGAUCAGGGAGAAUUAUAGUGAGGAUAAGGAGACUGAAGAGAGCAAAAGGAGUGAUGGUGAGGAUAAGGAGAAUGUAGAGGGAAAAGAGAUUGAAAUUGAAGAGAGCAAAGAAAGUGAAAGCAUAAACAGAGAGACUGAAGAAAGCAAGGAGAAUGAAGAGGGCAAAGAAGGUGAAAGCGAGCACAGAGAGAGAGAGAGGAAGGAGAGUGAAGAGAGCAAAGAAAGUGAAAGCGAACACAGAGGGAGUGAAGACAGCAAGGAGAAUGAAGAGAGCAAAGAAAGUGAAAGCGAGCACAGAGAAAGUGAAGAGAGGAAGGUGAAUGAAGAGAGCAAAGAAAGUGAAAGCGAACACAGAGAGAGUGAAGACAGCAAGGAGAAUGAAGAGAGAAAAGAAAGUGAAAGUGAGCACAGAGAGACUGAAGACAGCAAGGAGCACGAAAUGAGCGAAGAGACUGCAAAUGAGAAUAAAGAAAAUGCAAGUGAAGAAAAGGAAAGGGUGGAAGAGAGUCAGCAGAAGGAAAAUAAAGAGGUUGUGGAACAAAGCAAUGAGGAAGAAAAUAAAGAAAAAGAGUUAGAGAGUAAAGUUACAAUGGAGGAUCAAGUUAAUGAUGGAAAUAAUGCACAUAGUGAGGAGGCAAGAGAGGAACAUUACAAGGGGGAUGAUGCAUCCAGUGCAGUAGUCCAUCAAAUUCAGAAUGAUACGCCUGAAGAGGAGCACGGUGAUUUGAAGAAAUCUGGUGAGGGAGAGCCAGUGGAAAACAAAGAGAAGAAUCAGUUAGAGUUUGAAAAUAGAACAAAUAACACUGAAGUGGUUGACUUCAAUCAAAAUGAAGUUCCAAAGGUGAAAGAAUCUGACUCGGGAGAAAAUGAUGAUUCCACAAAUGCAAAAACAAGUGAAGAGGGUACUAAUGAAAAUAAUAAGCAAGACUCGGAGGAAGGUUCCCAUGAUACUUCCACAGUAGCAACAGUGAAUGAACAGCAGCAUGAAGAUUCUAACUCCAUUCCAGUUACUGCAGAUAACGUAGUAUCAAAAGAAGAGGAGUCAACCAUGAAUAAUGUUGUGCUAGAGCAAACUGAGAAACCUGAAUCAGUUGCUAGCAACCAGCAAUCAGAUUCAAACUCAACACAUUCUAGUACAACCAAUAAUGGAGAUUCAACAAAUGUAGAAUCAAUGGGCUCUAGCAAUUCUGAAUCUGUUGCGUCAAAUGGACAGACCAACUCCAUUACACCUUUGUUGACAAGCCAAAAUGGUGAUGCAGCUCAGAUUGACAAGUCCAACAGUAGUUCUAGUGUUGAAGGGAGUACGGAAAUUGUUCUACCAUCAAGCACAAAUGAAAGUGCUGAUGCUGGGCAAACCGGACAUGGUGAUUCUCUGCACUCUGAACAGAAAGACACAUCCUCAAACACAAAUAACGAUGCUAAUACUGGCCAAGAGCAACAAGGUAACAAUUGGAGCUCUCAAGAGAAAGAUAAGUUAUCAAUCAGUAGUAACAAUGAUGGUGCUGACCAGAGUUCUGCUACCAGCAAUGCAAACAACAACAACAAUGAAAAUGUCUACACUGAUGCAAGCCAAAAAGAACAGGUUGAUCCUAACAAUGGCAAUGCUGACCAGAACAGCCACUCAAACUACAAUGGCAAUGCCAAUGAAAACACAGAUGCAAACCAAAACGAGCAAGUUGAAUCUUCUGAUUCUUCAAAGUCUCGAGAAGAGGGAGAUGUAUCCACAAACACUAGUAGCAGCAUCGAUGUGAAGCAGAAUGGUUCUGUUGAUUCUUCCAUUUCUCAAGAAGAAAAGGAGGCUCGAACGGACUUGGGAACUUUGCCUGGUUCUGGAACCAAAGGAGCCAGUGGUGGAGAUGCAGCUACGGAGUGAAGUUUCUAUUAGGUUACAGUGUUUACUUGAACCAUUAUUCUUGUCAUUAAGAUUUUGGAUUUUUUUCCCCUUCUCCCUUGAUGAUCAGGAAAUGUGCAAGGUUGUGCUUUAUUGCAAUUAUACUAUCUAAAGAAUAUUUUACGUUGAUUUUCGACGUGAACAAGUUGACAAGAGUAUUGAAGAUUUGUUGUA